AUGGAGACUGCAACACGAUAUGGAGCCUUGCCUAGCACAGCAAAGGCAGUGGCCUUUUCGCCGGCUCCUUAUCAUAUCAUAACCUAUGGAACUCUACUUGGAACGACUUUCUUCCAUACGUUCAUCAAUGGCAUCGUUAUGUUCAGGACGGUCGACCGUCCUAGCUUCUCUGCCAUCCAGCAGAAACUCUUCCCUAUCUACUUCGGCCUCCAGACCGUCUUGCCCGGUGUUCUAGCUUUAACAUAUCCCGGAAACACAUUGAUUGGUCUGUCAAAUGGCCCUGCUGGCUUGAUCUCUGAGUUUGCCCGCUGGCACUCCCUGCUACCUAUCAGUGUAAUGGCCUUUACUGGAGUUGUGAACCUCCUUGUCUUCCUGCCUAUGACAGUCGAAGUUAUGAAGCAGCGACGUGGCCAAGUCAAGCGAGAUGGCAAGGAGUGGUAUGCUGAGGGACCUCAAAGUGAUCAAAUGAAGGCCCUGAACAAGAAGUUUGGCAUGCUUCACGGUAUCUCAUCCUUGUUCAACCUCAUCACUUUUGCAGCUGCUGUUGGGUACGGUUUCACUCUUGGUGGUCGUGUUCUGUCUGUUGCAGACCUUGCUUGA